AGUGACUGGAGACAGACAAACACACAGGAUGCCAACUUUAAAGUCACCAGGAAAGAGCCAAAGACAGUUGCAGACAGCAGCAAAUUAACAAGCAUGCUGUAAAUCCUAAACCAGGCCGAUUCGCCGGUCCGUCUCGCUACCUGUGCGUUGGAGUGUGUGCUUGUGUGAAGGUUAAAUAGCUUUUUGGAAAAACCCUCUGAGAAGGUGUCUCCGGGGGUUGCGGUGACCUCUUGUAGUAAAACAAGUCUUUCCCCCCGUUUUUAUUCCCUGUGGGAAAAACUAAACAAGUGGAAAGGGUGCGGAUGGAGAAAAUCUGAGCAAGGGAGAGAAGGUAUAUGGGAGUUGUUUUUUGGAAUUGUGUGGGAAAAAUGAAGUGGAGGCUUCCCUGACUGGGUGCAAGAUAUCUGGAAAUUUCCAACUGGCUUUGGUUAUGCUGCUGGCAGCCAUUUCUGACGCACAUUCUGGAGCAAAAAGGUUAGAAAACACGUCAAACGCUCAAGAGACUAAUAUACGGUGAACACAAGGUCAAGUGCUGUUGUUGGAAAAAGUAAUACACAGUUUAAAAAUAGAUAAUAAAUGCAUGCAACCAUUCAUCCACUGUGCCAUCCAAUUCAUAAUCUGUCAUGAUUUUCAUAUCUUUUAUCUGUGCAACUAAGACCAUAACUCUUUUACAUAUCUCUUUAAAUAUCACAUGCCCAGGUUAUUGAGUUGUAUCGGUUUAAAUGCACCUCAGCCCUCCCAAACAGGUUUGAAAACCAUUUUCACCCAAUCAGAGACCCUCUUUCUUACAGCUAUAUGAACAUGUCAUAGGUUUUCUAUACCUCCCUCUUCCUCAACCCAUUUUUAAACUCUCACUGACUUUCGCUUAACUAAAUGAGUUAGCAAGUUUCGACUUUCGGAAUGAUCAGCAAGUUGGACAGUGUUCUCAUGACCCAGAGGAAAUUUAUCUUCCAUUAUAAGAAUGUGCGCUGGGCCCGAGGGAGACACGAGACUUACCUUUGUUUUGUAGUAAAGAGACGCACCGGUCCUGAUUCCCUGUCCUUUGACUUCGGACACCUGCGCAAUCGCUCCGGCUGCCAUGUAGAGCUGCUCUUCUUACGUCACUUGGGUGCGUUGUGUCCGGGGCUGUGGGGCUCCAGUGUGGACGGUGCGAGAAUGUGUUACGCAGUGACCUGGUUCUGCUCCUGGUCGCCCUGCUCUAAAUGCGCUGAACAACUUGCCCACUUCCUGUCACAGACGCCCAAUCUGCGUCUGAGAAUCUUUGUGUCACGCCUUUACUUCUGUGAUGAAGAGGACAGCCAGGAGAGGGAAGGACUGAGACACCUGAAGAGGGCAGGGGUGCAGAUCUCUGUGAUGACUUAUAAAGACUAUUUCUACUGCUGGCAAACCUUUGUUGCACGGAGGGAGAGGAGUUUUAAAGCCUGGGAUGGCCUUCACGAAAACUCUGUCCGACUUGUUCGAAAACUUAAUCAGAUCCUGCAGCCCUUCGAGGCUGAGGAUCUGAGGGACGGUUUUGCUCUCCUCGGGCUAUGAUCACAAAUAUGAGAUUUGCAAAUCAAUGAACACUGAGAAAUGAACUGAAUGGGAUGAAGAGAAAUGGUGCUGUGUGACCUGAGACUUGAAUCCUUUGACUUGAAUCUGACUUAAUACUCAUCUUGUACUGUAUUGUAUGUAGCAUUAAUGUGAUUAUGUUGGAUGCCGAAAUAAAAGCUGUCAUUUAACAA